CCGAGCAUCUGGUCAGGCAAGGACACAGUCGAACUCCGUCAGCACGGAGUUCAUCCACCAACUGGGCAGAUGGGCGUCCAAAACUGCCUAACCCAGUAUCUUGACGCGACUCGUCUACUGUUUACACGCCGACUUUCGACAUGCCUUGUGCAUGCCUGUCACACUCUCGUCUGCGCGUUGAUUCUGCUAAACACGGAUCUGCACAACCAGAAUGUCACGCGAAAAGUCACCUGCCAGGACUUCGUUAGCAGUCUGAUGGAGUUGAACAACGGCGAGAACGCCUACUCCCCGGAUGAGCUGAUUCGACUCUACGAGGCCUUCAAACAGGAACCGCUUCGCUGGCCAGUGUUUUGUGAACCAUGCGAUGUGCACCUCAAUGUCUAGCCACCGACUUCUUCACGUGUUGGGUUCUUUUGCCCUGUUGAAGAAACGAUUUUACCACCCGACGUGUGUUUGACCCCCAACCCUCCCCCCACCCAGACAGCUCGGCGUCCUGCCGCUGUUGAACCCCCUCCCCAACCCUCCUCCACCUCGGAAUCUCGGGUUUUUGUUAUUGCUGUUCUGCUCGUGGACUAUGGUCCAAUCCGCCUGGUCUUGCCUCUGAUUUGUGGCAAUUUCCCUGCCUACGUAUCUCAGCAACUACUUUAUCAACUGUUAUUCCUCUUCUUCGUGAAAUUACCAAACCCCGCCUUGCUUGUAGUCGAGCAUCAGUUGGGCACUUGGCCAGCUUUCGUGUUCUCCAUUAGAGCUCCUAUUGAGGUGCCGACCUUCAAUCUGAUGUACGGCGCGCCACCGAUGGGCGCUGUCCCCUCGAUGCUACCAGCAGGCGUCUACGGCUUCGGUGUGAACGGCGUCGCCGCGAACGGCCUCGGCUUCGUCUCGCCCGCCCCGUCCUCGGCCAGCCCCGCGGGUGUCCCGUCUGCGCCCCAGCCGCCAGGCACCCCCUUCUGGCCCGCGACGGACGCCGCUGUCGUCGCCACCUGGGCGGGCUGCAACGGUCCCGGCAGUGGCGGCGGCGUCGGUGGUCUCUUCCGGCCCACGGCCUCCGCUCCUCAGCAAGGCGUCGUCCCCGCCUCGCUAAACUCGUCAGCACCACCACCAGAGUCUGUGGACCUGCUCAGGCUCUUUGCCAACCAGUUCGCCGACGUACCUAGGCAGAAAAACGGCGUGGUGAUGCCGAAGGACCUGGUUGCGAAGGAGUACAUGCGCGGUUUCGUGAUGCGUAAAUGCGUGAUGGAGUCCCACGGAAAGCGAACCGCAAUUGGAAAACGCAGCUGGAAGCUCUUCUACGCGAGGCUGCGCGACCUGAUGCUGUAUCUGUACAAGGACGCCGAGACCGCGGCCGCUGCCACCCGCGCCGAGGAGAUGGCGCUGGGCUACAUGAAGCAGGUCUACCGCUUCCACCUGCAGUGUCAACACCUGCGCCUCUACCACGAGCACCAACAGCGCCUUCAACCCGCCCUCCCGCCGGGAAGUGAUACCAAGGAGGAGCCGGAGGGCGUUGUCGACGCGAACGAGUCCUCCCAAGACGGUCGUGGUCGAAUUAACGUAAGCACAAUUUCAGGUAAUAUUACACUUGGUUUGGAUCAGUCUUCCUGGUCUGUUCGAAUUUCGGGUGGCGGAGGGCGUGUCGACGGGGCCUUACGGGUUGAGUCAUCUGUCAAAGCCUUGAUUUACGCCCCCCCCUGCAACCGUGACCCGCUUUGCGGACACCACCUCUCUCUCUGUCUCCCCGCGACAAUGACUUUGUCUGUCAGUAAAUGCAACAUGGCAUCUGCAUUAACUUCACCAGCUUGCACCCACUCCAGGUCCCCUGGCCAACCUCCCACAGCACUCGAAAACGCUUCCCCGGGACAGUCUGCCUCGAAGGACGCAUGCCAUACGCCUCCGCCCCUCCCUCCUGUCGAGUCCUCGACAUCCGCGGCUGCGCAUUCACCCCCGCUUCCCUCCAACGGAGUCACCGUGCCCGGCGACCUCGAACAGCAUCACCAGCAGCAGCAGCAGUUGAAUGCCACCGCCGCCGCCCCCACCGCCUUCCAAAUGCCUCCUCCCCCUGAAGCGGUCAUCUGCGUCGCCCACGCGUACGCCUGUGUCGCCGAUGACUACGUCAAAAAGCCCAACGUCUGUCGCCUCAAAACCAAGGAUGGAUCCGAGUACCUGAUGCAGGUCAACCCCAAUGCAAUCCCCACUCGCUAUCGGCCACUCAAUAUUUACGGCGUCAAAUCCAAGUUUUAUUCGCUGUUGCACGCGCAGCAUCUUCCCGGUAGCCUUUACUCUUCAACUUCCGGCUUGCUCGGUGACCACCUCGCCAUUAGAACAGGGAGUUCUGGUAUUGUUGGGAUUACGCGUUCGCCCAUCCUCCUCAAGAACCCGCCCCUCCAUGUUGAAACCAUCCACGUCGUCACGGUGGAACAGUACACUCAACAGCCCAAAUCCCCUCCCUGCGCUCUAGUUGUUGCUCGCAUCACCUUUGCGUACAGUUGGUUUGUUGGGUGCUGGCAGUCUCGUCCAUAUUCUGAACUGGGGCGGAUAGGCGGUGCAUGCUUGCCGCCUGGUGGCCGCCAUUCUAUCCAGAUUGUUCCAGGAGGCCGCUUAAAAGCAGCGGCAUUUUUAAUGCAGGUUAAACUGGAGUCGAAGUUGCUUAGUAGACUUCUCGCCAGAGCAAGCGAAUUCAUUCAGGCACCUUGCACCACUGUCUUACUCACUCACCGCUCGCGCUUUGGUUGUAGCGACGGCAAGGAGUUGGAGUAUUGGGUGGACAAGAUCAACUACGUCGCCGGCCUCCUCUCGGCGCCCGCGCUUCCAUGCCCCCUCGCCUCCGACCACACCUUCCAACGACCCGUCCUCCCCGCUGACAUCACCCACCUCGGUGUGAUAUGCCAAGAUUCGCCCUCGCGUCUCGUAAUCUGCUCUGCUUUCAUGCGUCAGUCCUUCAAAAUUCCGCAGCCACACUAUGUCCGUGUUUGGCGAUCCAACGAAGCCGCAAUUCCCCGCUCCACGAGACGAUCCUGUAGGGGUCUGGUCCAUCUCAUUCCUGUUCCCAUGGUGAUUUGUGCCUUCGUGGAGUUUUCGGACUCGGGAGAUGUCCCCUUAAUGCUGUUUCCCUGUCCACUUCAUCGUGACAACACCACGGCCCAUGUUUGCCGCUCCACUUUAUUUGAUGGAUGGGGUCUUUGGGUUGCUGUCGCCAUCGUCUCAGAUUCCACGGCGCUGGAAAUCGCGUGUUGUUGUCUAGUGUCGCAGAUUCUGGACGCUACUACUUAUGCGAACUCAAGGCAGUUGUCAUUCCUUUGCCGCGUUAUGCCGCCUGAGUCACCCAUGUGCGUGCGUACUGCUUGGGCACGAGACAUUUUAGGCACUGGCCAGCACUCCCUCCCAGUGCGUAGCGGAUGUGGCGACUGGCCAACACGCAAAUUUUCCACUCACUCGGCUCCUCGCAACACAAUUGCCCGCAUUCCCUUCGCUCGCCACACCAGCCAAACCGACUGUUUUGAGCUGUCGUUUGCCACGAGUCUCAUUUGCACGUGCCCACACGAACAACUUGAAGGUCAUCAGAAGCGGAUACUGGAUCUCACAAGGGACCUGACGGAGUUGAAACGCCGUCGAAUGUCGGCUCCCUCGCAACCUAAUCUCACUUACCUGUCUCGCGAUUCAGCCGCCCCGUCACCAGCGCCGUCGGUGAAGAGCGAGUCGGCCGCGUCGGACGUUGACCGGGAGGCCUGUCAACGGUUACAGCAGCAGCAGCAGCCUCCGACGAGCCAAAUGCCCUACAUCCCCGACUCCGUCCUCAAGUCCCUCCAGCCGUCGUCGGCGGCGGCGUCGGGUCUCGCCCCGCAUCAGUCCGAGCGCACACUCACCUCCACCUUCUCCACGGCCAGCCUCGGACGCCGCCGCAAGAAGAGCUUCAACGCCCUGCGCGGCGGCACGGGCAGCGAGCUGGCGGCGCAGCGGGCCGAGCUGGACGAGCGCGUGGCCUACCUGGAGCACGAACUCACUCGCUACAAGACGUACUCGCGCCUCCUCGAGACCGAGCUUAACCGUCUGCAGCGGCUGCCUCAGCACCCACAGUCGGCGCAAAUCGCGCUCUACACCUCGCCGCAGAUUCGGGGCCUCGGAGUCGGUGGGGGGUUUUAUCCGGCGCCGGCGUGGCAGGUGUGUGGACCUCCCGCACCGCAGGAGUUGCCCGAGGAGACCUCCUCCGACGCUGGCGCCUCCUCGUCCAGUCCCUCGCCUCCCGUGGGCGUAGUCGCGAGUCUUCCGCCUCCAGCGUCCAAGCGCUCCUACGGACCGACCUCCCCGUACGUGGUCGGUGGUGGUGGCGGGAUGCGGCAGCCUCGGUCGCACCGAGCACAGUUCAGGCAGUACCAACUGCAGCGCCAACAGCAUCGACAGCAGUUCUACAACUCCGUCUCCACGCCUCGCCAGCUGCGUCCUGCGCCCCAGCAGUCGCACACCGAGGAGACCGAAGGCGCCGCCUCGCCCGACCGCGAGACCCCACCGGCGCCGUUCUACGAGGUCCUCUAG